CCCGCCCCACACGGAAAAGUCGCCCGGCCGGUCGCGCCUGAGGAGCCUGCGAGCCAGCCGCAAUCAAACGACCGACGACGACGACGACGAAGAAGAGGAGCAGACCGGCGCCAUGGUGUCCGCGGGCUUCCAAAUCCUGGGCGCCGCCCUGGGCCUGAUGGGCUGGAUCGGCGCCAUCGUGGUGUGCGCGCUGCCCAUGUGGCGCGUGACGGCCUUCAUCGGCAGCAACAUCGUGACGGCGCAGACGGUGUGGGAGGGCAUCUGGAUGAGCUGCGUGACGCAGAGCACGGGCCAGAUGCAGUGCAAGGUCUACGACUCCAUGCUGGCGCUCAGCUCGGACCUGCAGGCGGCGCGCGCCCUCACCGUGGUGGCCGUCGCCGCGGGCGUCCUGGCCGUCCUGCUGGCGGCGGCCGGCGGCAAGUGCACCAACUGCGUGGAGGACCCGAGGUCCAAGGCCAAGGUGGGCGUGGCCGGCGGGGCGGCCUUCAUCGCCGCCGGCGUGCUGCUGCUCAUCCCCGUGUGCUGGACGGCGCACGGCGUGGUGCGCGACUUCUACAACCCGCUGGUGUCCAGCGCCCAGAAGCGGGAGCUGGGCGCCGCCCUCUACAUCGGCUGGGGGGCGGCCGCCCUCAUGAUCGUGGGCGGCGCCAUGCUGUGCUGCAACUGCCCCCGCAAGGACGACGGCGCCUACGCGGCGCGCUACAAGGUGGCGCGCUCCGAGGCCUCGGCGCCCGCGUCCGGCAAGGACUACGUCUAAACGUCCGAACGCCGCCGCCGCCUCCUUUUCGCGCCAGAACCGAUGUCCGGAACGGCCACCAAACGACACGUUCCCCUUCCGAGAGCCUUGAACUGUUCCGCCUCAACCGAGUGGCACUCGCAUCGAAACCUUUUGGACUGACGAGGUGAAAUUGGAGCGUUCUGGCGCUUUAGCGGCCGCCGUCUCGUCCGAGACGACGCCGCGGGGGGCCCGAGGCGUCGUCAACAAGCUGACGGGGACUCGCCCCUCCCCUCCUCCCUCCCUCCCUCCCUCAGGAAGCUCGUUUGGCUCCCAAAGCCCGUUUUUACUUUGACAAAUGCAAGCUCCUCUUUUGUGUCCUUUUGGAGUCGCUGUAAAUAAAUAUUUGAUCCACAAA